GAAACAUGAGUGUUUCAAGUCUUCAACAGAAACCAAAAGCUUCAAUUCCCUCCCUCACUCCCAGAGCUUUCUUCAAAAUUCAAUGGCCAUGGCAGCACCCAUCCUCUGUGCCUCCCCAAUCCCUCAAAAACCACUCUCUCUCUACACUAAAUCUCACUCUUUCCCUCUUUCACAGUUCUCUAUCCUGCCCACACCAAUGAAAACAGCGGUAGCUAGGACGUCUGUGUCGGCCUCCACAACCACCUCCUUGGAAGCCGGGCAAGCUCCACUCUCCUCCAUGCCAUCCAAAGCCUUGCCAUUUCGGGUCGGCCAUGGGUUCGAUCUCCACCGGUUGGAGCCCGGGUACCCUCUGAUCAUCGGUGGGAUUAACAUACCCCACGAUAGAGGCUGUGAGGCCCAUUCCGAUGGGGAUGUACUGCUGCAUUGUGUGGUCGAUGCGAUCUUGGGUGCUUUGGGGCUUCCUGAUAUCGGGCAGAUAUUCCCAGAUAACGAUCCUAAGUGGAAGGGAGCGCCAUCCUCUGUUUUCAUCAAAGAAGCUGUCAGACUCAUGCAUGAGGCUGGUUAUGAACUUGGAAACUUAGAUGCCACUUUAAUUCUUCAAAGACCAAAAGUAAGCCCGCACAAGGAGGCAAUCAAGGCAAACUUGUCUGCACUUAUUGGAGCAGACCCUUCCGUUAUAAAUCUGAAAGCCAAAACUCAUGAGAAGGUUGACAGCCUAGGAGAGAAUAGGAGUAUUGCAGCUCACACAGUGGUUCUUCUAAUGAAAAAAUAAAAAGAUGCCAACAAAGAGAUUCUCAGAUGUAAGAAUAGUGGGUCGUUAGCAUUGUUGUAUACCACUUACACAGAUCCGAUUGUUAGCAUGUGGGAACAGAAAUCUUCUUCUAAGAUACGUACGAGUUGUAUCUAAAAUUGGUCAGGAUCUUUGAUGUUUAUCAUCUAGUAGUCUGGAAAAUGUUAUCAAAGCACCAACCCACCUUCGCUCAACAAUCCAUAUGAAUGUAUGUUGACUUUUCUUAAAAUACUUGAGAUUACUGCA